UGUAUGAUUGGUAAUAUUAUUUAUACACGGGUGAUAAUUGAAAACCGGGUUUUUCUGAGUAUUGCUCGAUCAUUAUAACGUCGAUAUUAAAUAUUAAAUUAUUUACAAUUUAGUGCCUGUUGAGAAUUAAUUUGCAAUCCAUCGAAAAACCGGUCAGUGAACAAUCUAUAAUAUUUAUAAUCAAUGAUAUAUGUAUGGAAUAAUAACAUAAUGUAGGCAAGUAGUGUCGUGUAUACUGGCCGCGGAACAAUGUCCCGGAUUGCGAACCAAAACAAGUUCUCGGUGCACCGUUUAGGUUAGUUAUAAACAAACCCGUCGCUCUACGUUGAUAAGCUAUGUCACGUGAUAUGUUGAGAUAGCCGUGCGGUGAUAACGCGCCAAUAACCGAAACGUUCAACAAUAUUUAAUAGUUUGAGAUCUCUGGUAGAACCCUAGGCGAGUGUUACAUAAUAACUGGUCGAGCCAUCUUUCACGUUUUUCUGAUUUUUUUCCGCUUCUCUCCUCAACGUGUCUCAAUAUCAUUCUAAAAUCAACUUUUAGAAUUCAAUAACCUAUAUCUCUCGGUGUCGAUAUUUAUUAUAAAUCUUAAGCGAAUGAUCAAAUAGAUCAAUAUAGUGUUGUGCGUUACAACCAUUUACCGCCGUCGCAGAUCACCACAAAGUUCUGUGGUUACAUGGAUUAUUCAACGCCUCUAAAACCGUCAAGGAUAGACGUUUUCUGGGAGGCUUAUUUGAAAUGCAACGAUAUUGUGGGAAAUGCGCUGAAAAAUGAUUUUAGAAUUGCAUGGUUUGAUUUACUGCUAUGCGAAAUACUGUCCAUACACCAAAAAGUUAAACGAGUGCCAGAAGAUAUUCCAAAAGCAAAUAUAUCCAAUGCAAUAGUGGAUCAAUUACUGUUAGAUAUUAAUCAUGUAUGUUCUAUGUCUGGCGAAGAAGAUUUAUCUAGUUUGAAGAAAUAUAUUUUGAAUGAAAGAGGAUGGAGAUCUCUAACAGUCUUACAUUUGCUUGGCACUCAAGAUGUUCAACAGCUAAAGGAGUUGGCUAAUAUUCUAGUUUCCAUUUUUAAAAUAUUUAAUGAUGAUACUGAUUUAAAAAUAAAUUAUGAUGUCAAAAAUGUUAACCCCUAUACUUCACCACCAGAUGAAACUAAUUUAAAACUUGAUGACUUAAUAAAAUUAACAAAAUGCCAAGGCAUGAAAUCAAGAUCAAAAAUUCAACUUAACUCCAUGUAUGACAGAUCAAGUCCAAGUAUACCAAGAUCUCGUCGAGUAAGCUCUGUAUCAGCAAAUAGGUUUAAAUCUCAAUCUGUAGAAGCUAAUGAGAAAUCUAAAAUGGUUGAAGAAUCUAGUGAAUCAGAAUCUCAAAUUGCAUUAGAUUCAAUUAAGUCUCCUAGCACAUUACGUAUUCGUUUUAAUCGAAUGGAUUUUGAUUAUUUUACCUCUAUUGUACGUAGUGAAGAUGAACAUAAUGAAUCUGAUUCAGAAGAAAUUAAUUUAACUAAAAGAAGAAAUAUGUAUCCUGGUUACUUUUAUGACGAACUUAUUAAAGCUAUUACCAGUCAAAUUGCAACUCCAAAUCAAAUAAAAUUAUUAAUUUUAGAUUUAUUAACCCAAAUGUUGUCAUUUGGUACUCAGAAUCCUUUAAAAUAUAAUUUAAAAAAUAGUCAUCAAUUUGUACCAUUUAUUGUUAUGAAAUUCUCAUUGGAUAGUCUAUGUCUAUCACAGUUUGAUGUUAGAAACAAGGAUGAUGACAUAAUACAAUCCAAAAUGUUGUAUAAUAUGGUUUUAGCUGUAAAAAAGCUGUAUCAAUAUCCAAAUAUUAAUGAAACGAUUACUCAGGAAGGUAUUGUACCUUUAUUAUUGCAAAUAUUGGAAAAUCUAGUGAAAAAAUCAAGAAUAAAUGAGAUCAAAGAAUAUCCAUGCCUUCAAAAAAUUCUUUUUGGAGUUUUAAGUGCUUUAUUGAUGAUGUUUUCAUUAAUGUUAUUUGAAUGUCAUUCAUAUAACAGUCAUUUCCAUUUUUUGAAGCAAAUUCGGAUAAUGCUUGACUGUCAACGUGGGAAACUCGUAGAAAAAUGUAUUUCAAUAAUUCUUAGUGUCCGAGAUCAAGAUUCAGAACUGUCUACCAACCAUGUUAAAAUAAUUAUAAAUUUAUUAGGUUUAUUAGUGUUGAACAUGAAAAAGAUAAGACAACGUAUGGUACAUUUACAGCAUUGUAACAAAAUCAGACAUCGACAUUGCAUAAAAAUUAUGUUUCAUCAUCAUGACAAUCUGUUUGGAGAUGUUUAUGUAAGUAGCAUAGUUUCAUCUCAAGAUACCGGUCAAAAUUGUUGUGUUACUUCUUUGUCGAUGAUUCUUAUUCGCUUAAUGAUCAAUUUAGACAGUCAAGAUAAAGAAUUAUGGUUUUAUUUGGCUAAGACAAUUAGUGUUAUAGGAACAUGUUGUUGUGUUCCACUACCAAUCAUUUUACCAAAUUUAUUAAAAAUGGUUGGUGACCAUGACUAUAAAAAGAGUUACAUGAUAUUACAACUUAUGGAGAAAACAUUGUAUCGAGACACAGGAGUUGCAUAUAGAGACAGUUCUUGCAAGUUAUGUUGUGAAGAUGAAAGUACAUCACAAAGUAAUAUGAUUUUGUAUGAAAAAAAUAAAAAUAAAAAAGAACAAAAAUGGAUUACUUUUGAACUGUUUAGAAAAUUGUUGACUGGAUCUAGUCCUAAACUAUCAUACAUAAUUGGAUUACAUUUGUCAAAAAAUGCUUCAGUAUUUAUAAAAGAUGUUCAACAUGUCAUUUUAUUUCGUAUAUUUUAUCCAAUUUUUAAAACAAGCGAAAAGUCCUAUAAAGAAAAUAAAAACGAUGUUGAUCGUUUUCUAAUCAAUGUUUCAUUAAAUGUAUUUAACAUACUAUUAGCUUCCCUAGAUUUUACAUCAGAAUUUGAUUCUAUGAAUGGAGUAAGGUACUUAAAAGAUUUAAUAACUAAUCCGGUUUUUACUAAAUUAUCUUGUAAUGUGUUGGAAACAAAAAUCAUGUCAAAAAUGUGGACCUUAAAUCAAAUUAAAUCUACUCCAAUUCUAAUCACCGAUAGUCAAGCAGAAGAUUUAAAUAUUAUUGUAACUGCAGUAUUUAAUUUAGUUGAAUUAUUUUGUAGUUAUGUAAUAAAACCUCAGUCAGUACAUUUUAAUUUGAAAUUUAAAUAUAGUUUAUCAGCUUUAUCAGAUUUUUUAAGAGAAGAAAUUACAUUUAAAUCUGAAGAUCAGUAUCAUGAUUAUAACAGUGUUAUAACUAGAUUAGGAGAUUUAUUUCAAUGUUUAGCUAGACUUUCAUUAACUUGCCCUAGAAUUCGAAGUUAUUUGCAAGUUUCAUCAGUUGUAUAUCAAUAUGACACUCUUUUAUCCAUUGUAUCAUUACUUUUAACAAGACCAGUUAUUGUGGAAGGCAUAGAUGAAAUAACACUCGAAGACAAAAAUGUUAUAAAUUUAAAACUUAUUGAAUGUUUACUUGUCUUGAAUUUAUCAAUUUUCGAAAAUAAAAUUACAUUGGAUUCUCAUGUCAAAGAUUUGUUAAUUGAAGCACUAUCUAAAGGCCAUAUUGGAAUUAAACAAGUUUGUAGCUCCUUAAUAAAGUGUGCUACUGUAUCUUUGAAUCGACAAGCUGUAAAUUCAGUAACAACUGCUCAAUCUUUAACUAGAUUAUUGGAGAUAGAAACACCAGGCAAAUCUGAUUGGGUGCCAUUUGAUGAUGAUGACGAUUGUAUUUCAGGAGAUGAAGGGUAUGAAGCAGAUAUUGAGUUUCAAAGUUGGAUAAAUAUUGAUUCAUCUGAUAAAACUGCAGAUGAAACAAUACCUCAUAAAAAUGUUCAUACCGAUACAAAAAAAUUAAAUAUUAUGCAUCCAGCAUUGUGUACAUUGGCUGUUGACUUAAUGACUUUUGCUAGAAAUCUUGAUAAUGUAGAUGGAAUAAUUUAUUGUUUACAAAGAUUAAUUGCAAUUUGCAAAGACAAUGAUGAUAGUUGUUUAAAACUUGGUAAAGAAGGACUUAUAUCCAAAUUAUUAAAUUGUAUUAAAGAACACGUAAAUAAUGCUGAAAGAACCAAUAAUUAUGAUACAAUUUAUAUUUACAUGAUGGAACUUAUAGCUUUAAUAGCCUGUCAUUAUAUUGAAACAUUUGAACUUGAGAUGUAUUUAAACUUAUUUAAAACAAAUAAUCCUCCUCUUAAUUUAUUACUCUUGCCAUUAAUUUAUUUGACUGAUCAUAUACCAAUUGGAUGGCAGUCAUAUUACAGUAUUAAAUUUCCUAUGAAAACAGCUGCAGAUAUACCGAUUAGUGAUAGACCUGCUGAAGCAUUAGCAUUAUCAACUCGAGAAAACCACAAAGAUAUGAGACUUUUAACACCAUGGUCAAUAUUUGCUUUAAGUUUACCUAUAAAUACAGAUCUUGGUUGGUCAGUAUUAUCAACCGGUUUUUCAAUAUCAAUGUGGUUACGUUUAGACCAUGUGCAUAGACGUAUAAGUAUUAAAAGAAACAAUUCUGUAGAAUCAAUUGGAAAAAAUCAACAUCUACAUAAAGAAUUAAUUCAUUUAGAUGAUUUAACUCAUGUGUUUUCUAUUGGAUAUGAUGCAAUGCUUGUCGAAUUUUGGUUGAAUUCAUUUACUGAUGGUUUUAUUGUAAGACUUACAAGACCAAAUGAAAAUAAAUUUGAAUUACUCUCCGAAGUCAACUUUAACAAUUGCUUGGGUUCAAUUGCAUGGCAUCAUAUCGCUGUAAAUGUGAAUGGUAUUAGAAAAGGCGAUAAAUUUAUUGAGAUUUCUCUUGUAGUUGAUGGGGUUUGUGAAACUAAAGCCAAAUUAUUGUUUAAUGGAUUUUUCAUCAAAAAACCUCGUCCAUCAAAUGUUUUACUAGGUGAUACCAGAGAAAAUACUUCACCUUUUUCUAUUGGAAACAUUCUAAUGUUUAGAUUACCAGUAUUGACAAUAGAGUGUGCCAGUGUACUUGCAGCAUUUGGACCAGAGUUAGAAAAUCUAGCUGAUUGUUCAAACAACCCGUUAAAGCCAAAUUUUAGCAUGUUAUUCAAUGAUUCUGUUUAUAAUAUUAAUACAUCAUUAAAUUCUAAUUUAGAUUGGAAUUUCAUGUUAAAACAAUGUUAUGAAAUCAUUAAACCAUUGCAGGAUGUCAUUUUAUUGAGUUUUACUCCAAGACAACCACUUAUUGUUUGUUUGUAUUCACUGACUCUGCCAAACCCUACAGGUUCUUUAUUUCCACCAACUCAACCAUUAAUGUUCAAGAUGACAGCUUAUGAUUUACGUGCAUGCCAGAGUCCACCUCAAAUGGUAUCAACAGUUAUUGUUGGGUCUCUUACAAUUGAUGAACCACAUGGAUUAAUAACUGUUAUUCAUAAAAUAGGUGGCAUGCCAUUGAUUUUAUUUUUAUAUGCUAGGAUUAUAGAAUUUAGUUCAUCUUCUAAUGAUCUAGUAAAAGCAUUAAGAAUUAUGUUACAUUUUAUGCAGUCUGAUUCUAAAUUAUAUUCAGAAUUUAUUGCACUCGAUGGUUAUAAAUUACUGACAAAAGCUUUGACUUCUUCAAAAACUCAACCUAGCUGUUCACUAUUAAUGGUCCUCCUGGAAGCUGGUUGUAAUAAAAAAGGGGCUUUUAUUUAUGUUAAUGAAGAAUGGAUAGUUAAUAUGUUCUACGAAGGAGUUUUGUUAAAUACUUGUUUUAUUAAAGAUGUAAUUUUGCCAUGUUGGAAGAUAUGGACUUCUAAAAAUCAACAAAUUAUUCAAUAUCUUUUCAAAUUUUGUAAACAUCUUUUAUCAUCAAGUCAUCCACAUAGAAAAUUUAAUUUAAAACAAAUUCAGUCAUCUGAAUUAUUAGAAUCAAUUUUGUUGCAAAUAAAGUGCCAAUUAUUAUUAGAAGAUUCAAAUGAAACUACAUUGUCAAGUUAUGUACAAAAAGAUUUGGUGGAUUUUGUACAAAGUAUUUUUGAUUUACAAUUGAAUAAAAAUUAUAUAAAUUUAAUAUUAGACUUCUUAAUUGCUGUACAUCCCACUUCAAAUUUAUAUUUGCCUCAUUUAAAAGCAUCUGUGUAUUUUGUUUUGUCUCCUCAAUCAAGAAUUUAUACAUCACCUGAUUUUCAUAUUCAUAUAUCAUCAGAAUUUCAUGAAUCUGAAUCUGAACAAAUACAUUUAAAUGAUUACUCAGAGACUGACUUUUGUGGAUCUAUUGAUAGUCAUAUAUUAAAUACAGAAUUAUUAAAACUUCAGGUACAACAAGAAUUACCAGUAAAUAAUCAUACUAACAUUUAUUCAUCAAAAGUUAGUGAAGAAACAUCAGAAAAUAGUGAACAUUUUAUUCCAGAAGAAACCGGUCAGGAUUCAGGCAUAGAUGGUAGUGUAAAAGAUAUUUCAGUGCCUAUCCUAUUAGAUGAAAGUAACAUUUCUUAUGACUGUAGUAAUGCUUGUGAAGCAGAAGUAUAUUUUGAAGCUCAAACAAAAUCAUAUGAAAAUAAACAAUUUAAAUAUGCUAAUACUGAAAAUAAUAGUGAAAUAAUCGAAGGUUUAUUUUCUAUAUUACGAAAUACUUUAAUUAAUUUUUCAAACAUUGUACCUGAAAAUCUUAUUGAUAAAAUGUUUGAUGCAGAAAAAAUGGUUAUUUUACUUAAUAACCCAAGUCCUUCAGUAAGAAUUAUUAUUUUAAAAAUAAUAAAUGUGUUUUUACAACGCUGUAGUCCAUCAUAUGCUAAAAAAUUUGUUUAUAAAUUCAAAGGAUUUUAUCAAAUGGCCAAUGUUUUGUGCUUACAUCAAACUACAGUUAAUUUAGUUGAUACUUGUGCUUCAAUAUUUACUGGUAGUUAUUGGGUUCCUAUGGAUCAACAAUUGCAGUGGGACCAAUCUGUUGACAUGAGUUCUUUUAAUUUUUCGGCACUUCCAUUGUUGCUAUCACUUUUACCGAAAUCUGCAUUUAAUUUAACAUUGUGUACGAAUAUAAUAAACUUUUUCCUCAAACUUGUUUCUAAAGUUCCACAAUGCUUGCAUACUAUUUUAGAGUAUGGUUUGAUGGAAUGUCUACUAAAAACUUUGUCUACAAUAGCAAGUAUUUACUCAAAUUCUCCAGUUCAUGCAGAUUCAACUAAACAAGAGAUACUUGUUGAUGAUAUAAAUUCAUUAAUAAUAACAAUAAAUACUUCUGCUAUUCAUACCCCUGGCAUACACAACAUUCAAAUUUUUAAUGAUUCUGUUUAUCAGUGUCGUUAUUUACAAAAAGCAGAAAUACAAAGUCCAAAAGAGGGUAAUAAAUCUAAUUUGACCUUAAGAGAAACACAGCGUUUUAUUCUUGAAUCAGGAAUGGAUACUAUUCAAGAGCUCAUACAAACUCAACCUCCAUUAAUGCCUGCAUUAUCACGGUUGAAAAAAAAUCUAAGUUCUGUGUUAUCAUUAAACAGCAUAAAAGAUACAUAUAAUGAUCCUUAUAUGACCAACAGCGAAUCAAGCCUAUUUAGUAUGGCAUCUAAUUAUAAUCGUCAAAAACCAUUAUCUAAAACAGAAUUAAUUGAAAGAUAUAAACAUAUAAUUAAUAGAUCUGUUGAAUUUAUUUUUGCCUUAAAUGAACAAUUUAAUGACAAAGUUUCUCCUGAAGUUGCUUUUGCAUGCCAUUUAUUUACAAUCCUUUUAUAUAAUCUUACCAGUAUUAUACAAAAUACAAGAGAACAAAGGCAACAACCUUGGGUAUCUAUUUAUGGAGCUGCUCGUGAUAUUAUAAGAAUUCAAGGAGCUAAUUUAUUAGUGUGGCUAUUAAGUCCACAUCAAACAACCAGGAUACGUAUGUUUGCUGUUAAGUCAUUAUUGAAUGAACCUAGAUCUAAAGAAUUGUUUAAAAAUAUUAUAUAUAUUAAUCCUCAGAUUGAACAAAGAUUUUAUGUGUAUUUGUAUUCGUUAAUGAAUGCUGAAUUAACAGUACCACUUACUGAAGAAGAAAAAUGCACAUGUGAAGCAUUGAAAGAACAUCUUAUUGAAUUAGAAUUAUUGACUGCUGACAGUAAUGGAAUUGUUUAUGAAAAUGAAUGGCAUUCCCAAAUAAAUCAUAUUGUAGAACAAAUGAAUGUUGAAUUAAAUGAAAUUGAUAAUAAUCAUAAGGACAAUAUUGAAAAAAGUGCUUGUAAAUGGGACAAUACAAUAAAAAUAAUUUGCAAUUCAGCCAUGAAAAUCACAACAGUUGUAUCUGAUGAACAAAACUCUCAAAGAAAACUUGUACUUGAAAAAGCUAAAAAAAAUUAUAGGAAUAUCAUACAAGCUACAAUUCGAUGGAAAACUAUUAUCAAUCAAAUGUCUCAUGAAAAGGCGCCUUGGUACUUUCCUGAGUCAUAUCCAACAUCAUGGGAACUAAAUCCAACAGAAGGACCUAAUAGAAUGCGAAUUCGACUUCAAAGAUGUCACUUAAAUAUAUUAAAACGAUUCUUUAAGCCUGAACACUCACAUAAAGCUGAAAAAAAUAAUAUCAAAAGACCUCUAGACUAUUUAUUGUCAAAUGAUUUAGAAGUUGUUUCUUCUGCUGUUGUUGAGAAUUUAUUAUCACAAGAAAAAAUUUCAUACAUGUGCACUGCAAAAUUAGUGCAUCCGUGGCAAAUAAUUAAAUGUGAAGUUUUAAUUAGUGAAAAUGCAAUUUACAUUGUUCCUGCAGCUAGUUCUUUCCAAAAUGAUUAUUCUCAUGUUCUUAAAUUUGAUGAAAUUAAAGAAAUACACAACCGAAGAUAUUCUCUAAAGGAAAAAGCUGUAGAAAUUUUUCUUACUAAUGGAAAAACAUAUUUAAUUGCUUUUCAUUCUCAAAAAGAAAGAGAUGAUUUUGGAAAUUACCUAUUGAAUUUUUCAUUACCGAACCGGAUUACCAAUGAGAUUUUAAGUGAAACAGUAGAUUUAUGGAGAACUCGUCAAAUCACUAAUAUGGAAUAUUUGUCUAUUCUGAAUAAAAUGGCUGCACGUUCAUAUAAUGAUUUAAUGCAAUAUCCUGUUAUGCCAUUUGUAUUAGCCAGUUACACUGAUCCAGAAUUAGAUUUAAAUCAAAUAUCUACUUACAGAAAUUUAAAACGACCUAUGGCAAUUCAAAAUAAAAAGAAAGAAGAUCAUUAUAUUCAACAUUAUAAUUAUUUGAAAGAAGAAGUUGAACGUUUUGGAACAGAUCCACAUCACUAUAGUUCUCAUUAUAGUAAUUCGGGUACAAUAUUACAUUUUUUGAUCAGAGUUCCACCAUACACUCAAAUGUUUAUUAAAUAUCAGGAUAAUAAUUUUGAUGUACCUGAUCGAUCAUUUCAUUCAAUGGAAAUCACUUGGCGUUUAUCAUCUGAUGAAUCCACCACCGACUUGAAAGAACUUAUACCAGAAUUUUACUAUUUACCAGAAAUGUUCAUAAACUUUGAACAAUUAAAUUUUGGUGUUAAACAAUCCGGAGAAAUUGUUGAUGAUGUGAAAUUACCUGUUUGGGCACAAAAUAAUCCUAGAUUAUUUGUACUUAUUCAAAGGCAACUUUUAGAAUCUGAAAUAGUUAGCGAAAACUUACCACAUUGGAUAGACUUAAUAUUUGGUUACAAACAGACUGGUAAAGCGGCUAUAGAUGCAAUUAAUGUGUUUCAUCCAGCGACUUAUUAUGGAUCACAUAUAGAAGAAACAGAAGAUCCAGUUGCAAGAUCUGCAUUCAAAACUAUGAUAAAUACUUAUGGACAAACUCCACGACAGCUAUUUCGUUUUCCUCAUCCAAUGACUGUUGAUGAUUACGCACCCAAAAACAUAUCGAAACCGACCAAUUUUCGAAAUGUUAUUAAUGGUGUAAACAAUUUAAAAUGGGGAACUUAUGUUGGAUCUCCAGAGGAAAAUACACCCAUGUAUAUUUGGAAAAGAAAACACAAGACUCUAGUUUCUGACUUUGUACCAUUACUUACUAAUGAUGUAUUUGGACUUUCAAAAAAUUCUGCUUUACUUUUAACAUACUCAAAAGAGAAAUCUUUAACUCUUUUAAACGAAGGAGUUACUGUUAUGGCUGCAGCAAUAUUAUCUUGGAAUAAAUUUGAUAGUGUAGUUCGAAUUAAACAACGCAAGGAAGCCCCAUCCAAACCAGCAUUUCAAUUUUUUUCCACAGACAAAGUUUGCACUAUAGCUUCUGCACCACAUUGCCCAUACAUUUGGAUUGGUUUUGAAUCUGGGAUCAUACAUGUGUACAAAUUUUAUUUUGAUGUUAUUGCUGGUAAUGUAGAGAUAUUUGAACAACCAACGGUUUUAGUUGGUCAUCGAGCUGAAAUUUCUUGCAUAGCUCUAAGUCCUGCAUUUAGUAUUGCUGUUAGUUGUGAUACUGGCGGAAAUGCAAUUAUUUGGGAUCUUAAUGAUAUUGCAUAUGUGAGAUCACUAAAGCCCAUGCUAUACCCAAUAAAUUUAGUUGCAAUUAGUGAAACCCUUGGUGAUAUAGUUACAAUCAUAUACAACAGUGAUAUUAAAAAAUCUGUUAUGACUCUACAAUCUAUUAAUGCUAAUUAUAUUGGUAGUUUAGAAAACGACAAAAAAAUUACCUCAGUUUGUUUUUCCAAUGCUCCUGAAGGAAUUUCUGUUAAUAUAAUUGCAACAGGAUUGGAAGAUGGAAGUGUAAAAUUAUGGAGUACUUGGGAUUUAUCUUUUGUCAAUGAAAUACCAAUAAUUCAUUUUGAUGGAGCAGUUAUAGCUAUUAUCUAUUCAAGUGAUUCUCAACAUUUAUAUAUAUCAUCAGAAGAUGGAACAGUAACAAUUUGGGAGUCUGCAGGUGCCAAACGAAUAAGUAAAACGCCUAAAUUUUUAAAUCUUAGUAUGCAGUAGAAGGUGGAUUCAGGUGUUGAUUUAGACUAAAUAAUAGUAUUAUAGUAAGACUGGUGUACUGUUUAAUAAGUUUAAACUUAAUCAUAGUAUUAAGUUUCAAAUUUUAUUAAAAAUAUUAAAUUUAUUGUUCACUGUUAACUUAUUAUAAUUUUAAAGUAUAGAUCUAAAUGUUGAUUUCUUUAAAGUAAUUAUGAUGAUCAAUUUUUCAUUAACUAAGCAGAAGUUGUUUUAUAAUUAUUUUC